AUGGCAUUUUGGAAACCAGGCACAGUAGCUCCAGGUAGUUCGGUUGAUCGAGCCACUGAAGACGAGACCGACAAGGCCGUGAUCGCCCAUGCCGAACAACAAUUCCGCCAUUUGACAAUCAAGCAGCAACGCGAACGACUCCCUGUCUUCAAACUACGACGCGAAAUACUGUAUCUUGUUGAAAAGUUUCAAACGGUUAUCGUGGUGGGCCAAACUGGAUGUGGCAAGACGACGCAGAUUCCUCAAUAUCUCGACGAAGCUGGUUGGACCACCGAUGGGAAACAAGUUGCUUGUACUCAGCCGAGACGAAUAGCAGCAACAUCAGUGGCAGAGCGUGUAGCAGAGGAAAAGAAUUGCAAGUUGGGAGCAGAGGUUGGCUAUUUGAUUCGAUUUGACGACCAAACGACCCAAAGGACAAGAAUCAAAUACAUGACGGAUGGCAUGCUUUUCCGGGAAACGAUGAUUGAUCCUCUCUUGACUCGAUACAAUGUCAUCAUGAUCGAUGAGGCGCAUGAACGAAGCUUAUACACCGAUAUUCUUCUUGGCGUCAUCAAAAAGAUUCAAAAGAAGCGACCUGAUCUACGUGUGAUUAUUUCAUCAGCGACUUUGGAUGCAGAAGCCUUCUUUCGGUUCUUCAACCACAAUCAUUCAUCGGAUCGCUCAAAGGAUACAGCUACCAUUUUAUCUCUUGAAGGACGCAUGUAUCCAGUCGACAUUCUAUACGUUGAUCAACCUGUAUCUGAUUACGUGGAGACAACUAUACAAACCGUAUUUGACAUUCACACAAAGGAACCACCGGGCGAUAUCCUUGUAUUCUUGACAGGCCGUGAUGAGAUUGAUACAGUUGUCGCCGAAUUAUAUGAGCGUUCAAGGACGUUACCUGAUAGAAGCAUGGCGCUGAUGCCACUUCCACUGUAUGCUGGUCUAACAGCGGAUGAGCAAUUACGGAUCUUUCAGCCAACCCCAAGACAUUCACGCAAAGUCAUUGUCUCCACCAAUAUUGCCGAAGCUUCAGUUACACUCGAAGGCAUUGUGUAUGUGAUUGAUUGUGGUUUUGUAAAGGUUCGAGCCUACAAUCCCAAGACGGGUAUGGAAGCGCUUGUGGUGACGCCUACAUCCAAAGCAUCGGCAUUACAACGAGCAGGGCGUGCUGGCCGCGUCCGACCAGGCAAAGCAUUUAGGCUUUAUACGGAAGACACAUACAAGACUUUACGCGAUACCAGUAUACCCGAAAUUCAAAGGAGCAAUUUGGCGCCUGUUAUUUUGCAGCUCAAGGCGUUGGGCAUUGAUAAUGUGCUCCGAUUUGACUUUUUGACGCCUCCACCUGCUGAGCUUAUGAUUCGAGCCUUGGAGUUAUUGUAUUCACUCAAAGCGAUUGAUGAUGUUGGACGAUUGACGAUUCCUCUUGGUAUGCAACUUGCUGAGUUUCCUGUGGAUCCAAUGUUGGGCAAGAUCCUGCUUGCAUCAGGGGACUUCAAAUGCAGCGAAGAGAUCCUGACGAUUGCAGCCAUGUUAUCAGUCCAGAAUGUCUUUAUUCAACCACCCAAAGCAUCCAAAGACCACGUACUCGAGACACGACGCAAGUUUUGGGUUGAGGAAGGCGAUCAUUUGAGUUUAUUGAAUGUGUAUCAUGCAUUUAUCAACAAAGGCAACCGAUCCGGGAAAUGGUGUCACGAUCGAUUUCUUAAUUUCAAGGCACUUUCACGGGCGAUCAGCAUUCGCAAGCAAUUGGCACGCUACUUACGACGUUUUGAUAUCCCAUUGAUCAGUGCGCUUGCUUAUUAUCCCAACUCCCCUGAAGGACGACUCCAAGCCAGCGAGCAAAUCCGCAAAUGUCUUACGAGUGGUUACUUUAGUCAAGCGGCACGUGCUGAACCUGAUGGUCGAUUUCGUACUAUUCGUGACAAUGUCCUUUUGGCAGUGCAUCCCGAUUCGGUGCUUUUCAAUCGCAAACCCCAAUGCGUCAUUUUUCAUGAGGUGGUUGAAACAACUCAAGCUUACAUGCGUGAUUUGACAGUGAUCGAACCCGACUGGUUAGCUGAAUUAGCACCUCAUUUUUACGAAUUCAAAGAAAAGAAACGAUAA